CCGGGUUAUAUAAUAGCGCUGCAGCGUGCAGCUCCAGUGGCGGCUUCAUGUUCGCUGGUGAGCAGUUUAUGGUCCAGCUGGACGCAGAUGAAGAGAGCAGGAGCUGCAUCCAUCCACGUUAAAACGCUGCCAUGUCCCCUGUGAAGCUCCAGAGUUCAGAUGACAACAAGCCUGUUGACAGUGACAAGGGAAAGGACUGCAAGAAAAUGCCUCUGAAGGGACUGGAGACAAUUGCUCCUUUGGUCCACUCUGUAGAAGAGACCCCUGAGCCAAUCUCUACCGAAGUACAAGGUACCAUUCCCUCCUGGAUCAAUGGCAACCUCCUCCGUAACGGCCCUGGAAAGUUUGAGUUUGGAAACACACACUACAACCACUGGUUCGAUGGGAUGGCUAUGCUACACCAGUUCAAGAUCACCAAAGGCCAGGUGACGUACAUGAGUCGCUUUCUGCACAGCGAUGCCUACAAGAAGAACAGCGAAAGGGACCGCAUCAUGAUGUCAGAAUUUGGCACCCUCGCCAUGCCCGACCCCUGUAAAAACUUCUUCCAACGGUUCCUUUCUCGCUUCGAGAUGAUGGAGCCCACAGACAAUGCAAGUGUCAGCUUUGUGAAAUACAAAGGUGACUACUAUGUCAGCACAGAGACAAACUUCAUGCACAAAGUGAACCCAGAGAAUUUAGAAACAUUGGAAAAGGUGGACUGGAGCAAGUUUAUAGCUGUAAAUGGAGCCACUGCCCACCCACACUAUGACCCUGAUGGUACCACGUACAACAUGGGCAACUCCUAUGGAAGCAAAGGAGCCCUGUACAACAUCAUCAGAGUCCCUCCAGAGAAGACAGAUGACAAAGACACUCUACAAGGGGCCAAAAUACUUUGUUCCAUUGUGCCUGCAAACAAGUCCCAUCCCUCCUACUACCACAGCUUUGCCAUGUCUGAGAACUAUGUGGUGUUCAUCGAGCAGCCAAUUAAGAUGGACCUGCUGAAGAUAGUGACAUGUAAGCUGAGGGGAAAGGCUCUGAGUGAGGGCAUCUACUGGGAUCCCAAGCAGGAAACUGUCUUCCAUCUUGCUGACAAGCGUACGGGUGAGGUCAGCUCAGUGAAGUACCACACCAAAGCCAUCUCCACUUUCCAUCAGAUCAACGCCUUCGAGGAGGAUGGAUUCUUGAUGCUUGACAUGUGCUGCUCAGACGACGGCCAAGCCAUCAACAACUACCUCAUCCAGAACUUACGCAAGUCAGGGGACGCACUAGAUGAGGUGUACAACACCAUGUGCAGAGUUUUCCCCCGACGCUUUGUUUUGCCCCUUAAUGUGACCAGUGAAACACCAACAGACCAGAACCUGAACACACGGCCCUCCAGUAAAGCAACGUGUGUCAAAAUCAGCAAAGACAAGGUGUUCUGCCAGCACGAGGAUCUCCAUGGAGAUGACCUCCAAGAGUACGGUGGCCUGGAGUUCCCUCAGAUCAACUAUGUCAGAUGUAAUACACGACCAUACCGUUAUUUCUACGGCUGCGGCUUCAGACACCUGGUGGGAGACUCUCUGCUCAAGAUGGACCUGAAGGACAAAACUCUCAAGGUCUGGUACCAGAAGGGUUUCUACCCGUCAGAGCCCGUGUUUGUGCCGUCACCUGAUGCCGUGGAGGAGGAUGAUGGUGUCAUCCUCUCUGUGGUUCUCACCCCUUCACAGGAUAAAGGAACAUUCCUGCUGGUUUUGGAUGCCAGGACAUUUCAAGAGCUGGGAAGAGCCAACGUGCCUGUUAACAUGCCCUAUGGCUUCCAUGGUACCUUCAAUGCCUCUGCAUAAAUCUUACUCUGUUACAUUCAAAGUGUUUCUGACAUAUGACACAGUACAAAGAAUACUAAAUACAGUGUUAAUUAUUUGAACCACUAUAUUCCUGAUGGUACAGUUACUGCUGCAUCAUACGCUGAGGAUGGAUGCAACGUUUUCUUACCAAAUGAAUGCACUUUUCCAAACUGAUUUCUGAUUUGUAGUAACCUCUAACAGUGUUUUCAUACUUAAUUUACACAAAUAUUCUUUUGUAUAUUAUUAUUAUAUUAUUAUAAUCUGUUAUAUUCAGUUUGAAGGAUGCUCCAAACAUCAGGCCACCAAAGUGCCAAAUGAACAUUCUUUUGUGAUCAUAUCUUUUUUGUGAACUAUAUUUUUCAAACCUUGGAUGACUUUUAUACGCUUUGUUUGCCAUUAAAUUUGUACCUCUGUGAAC